CGCCGAUUCGAGUCGUUUUCGACGGUCGCCCGCCACCCGCCACCACCCUCUCUUUCCCCGUUUCCACGUUUCACGCACCCUCGCGUCCACGUCCGUGAGAUUGCCCUUCCUCGCUUCGUCGUCCGGUCCGGCCUACCUUUUCGCGAGAGGACGGGAGCUCCAUCCAAUCCGUCGGCCCGGGAAACUCCACGUACUGAGAGGGACUCGAAGUCACUCCUAGAGACAAUAUCUCAGCCCAGAGACAGGGUUUACAAAGGAUCACUAGACACGGUGAGACAAAAACAAAUGCUUUGAAACGUUCAACAUCAUACGCAAGAAAGAUUGAUGACAGUUUGCGAGAUUUUUUGUCGUUGAGAUGCCGUCCAACUAUUAAUGGCAGCAGCAACAGCAUGCCACCACCCAUAGGAUCAGAACGGAAGAACAUGUCUAUCUGCUCCGACCCAUGCCACUCACCAACAGAGACGCAGCGCAUCAAUUGCUCGUCAACAUCCCAACCAAGAGACCCCUUGAACUGGGGGUCGUCGGCGGACUCCUUGAGAGGCAGUCACCUGGAUGACGUCAGGCGGAUGGUGCGAGAGUACCGAAGGCCGAUCGUCCAUCUCCGCGGGGAAAACUUGACCGUGGCGCAGGUGGCCGCCGUCGCGUGUUCCAAUGACGUCACGGUGGAGCUCUCUGACGCCGCUCGACCCGCGGUCGAAGCCAGCAAAGAGUGGGUCGUGCAGGCGACGAACAAGGGCACGGACACCUAUGGGGUCACCACCGGGUUCGGUGCGACCUCGCACAGGAGGACGGAGAAAGGAGACGCUCUCCAGAAGGAGGCGAUAAGGCACUUGAACGCAGGUGUCUUCGGGCCGGGAUCGGAGUAUUGUCACUCACUACCACGUAAGGCGACAAGGGCGGCCAUCCUGGUGAGGGCCAACACUCUCCUGCGAGGCUACUCCGGCGUCAGGUUCGAGAUCAUCGAAGCCCUUGCCAAGCUCCUCAACACCAAUGUCACGCCCUGCGUCCCGCUGAGGGGCUCUGUGACGGCGUCCGGCGAUCUCAUGCCGCUCUCCUACAUCACAAGCCUUCUCAUUGGCAGGUACAAUGCGAAAGCUCUCGGACCCGACAAUGAGGUGUUGGGGCCCAGCGAAGCCCUAAACCGAGCCGGGAUUGAGAGGCCGGUGCAGUUGCAGCUGAAAGAAGGGUUGGCCCUGGUCAACGGGACAGCAGUCGGGGCUGGUCUGGCCGCGUCGGUCCUCUACGAAGCGAACCUACUCGCGGUUCUGUCUGUCGUUCUGUCGGCCAUCUUCGCCGAGGUUAUGCACGGCAAGUCCGAAUUUACCGAUCACUUGACGCACAAACUCAAGCAUCAUCCCGGGCAAAUCGAAGCUGCAGCCAUCAUGGAGCACAUUUUGGACGGUAGCUCCUUCAUGAAGGUAGCCGAGGAACUCCACGCCUUGGACCCUGACCAAAAACAAAAACAAGACAGGUACGCUCUGCGAACAUCCCCUCAGUGGCUGGGGCCCCAGAUGGAGGUAAUCAGGGCGGCGACGACGAUGAUCGAACGAGAAAUCAACUCUGUGAGCGACAACCCGUUGAUCGACGUCACGCGGGACAAGGCAGUGCACGGCGGGAACUUCCAAGGCACACCGAUCGGGGUCUCCAUGGACAACGCUCGUCUCGCCGUCGCCGCCAUCGGCAGACUCAUGUUCGCCCAGUUCUCCGAGCUCGUCAACAACUACUACAACAACGGGCUGCCCUCCAACCUCUGCGGCGGGCGCAAUCCCUGCCUGGACUUCGGCCUCAAAGGGGCCGAGACGGCCAUGGCCUCCUAUUGCUCCGAACUCCAGUUCAUGGGGAACCCCGUCACGACUCACGUCCAAAGCGCCGAGCAGCAUAACCAAGACGUCAACUCCCUCGGCCUGGUAUCGGCCAGAAAGACAGACGAGGCCCUCGAGAUUUUGAAAAUCAUGUCCUCGACCUUCCUGAUCGCUCUGUGCCAGGCUGUAGACUUGCGACAUUUGGAGGACAAUUUCAAACACACCGUUAAGAAGACGAUCGAUCGUGCGGCGGCGAAAGUAUUAAAAUCAGGGUUGAAUGGCGAGGCGCGUUCGGUCGAUUCCUGCGUCGAGGAUCUACUGAGGGUGGUCGAUCGCGAGUAUGUUUACGCCUACAUAGACGAGCCCUGCAACCCGCACUACCCUCUGAUGCAACGCUUGCGGCAGACGUUGGUGGACCACGCCUUGAAGAGUGACGAGACAAAUUCUGUUUUCCAACAGAUCGGGGCUUUUGAAGAGGAGAUGAGAUCGGUUUUGCCGAGAGAGGUCGAGAACACUAGGAUAGAAUUCGAAAGUGGGAAGCCGAAGAUUCCUAACAGAAUAAUGGAAUGUAGGUCUUACCCGAUGUAUAAAUUCGUGCGGGAAGUUCUAGGCACGAGUUUUCUUACUGCUGAGAGGGAUGUGGCGCCAGGGGAGGAUAUUGAUAAGGUUUUCGGCUCGUUGUGCUCGGGGGCGCUGAUGGACCCUUUGCUCGAGUGCUUGAAAGAGUGGAAUGGUGAACCAUUGCGAAUAUCUUAAACUGGCUUCAAGUUUGUUUGUCUUUAAUUUUUCUAUUGCGGUUUCUGCGAAUUACGUGAUCUUCUGUAAAUAUUAGUUCAUUGUAAUCUAAAGGAUUUGCCUUUCCGUUCAAAAUGUUGAAAUUUUAAAUGAUUAGCAUCGAUCAAGAUUUUCCUGAAGAGUUUUCAUCAAGAGAUGAAGGCUUCAAGUUUGUUAUUCUUUCAUUUUUCUAUCGCAGUUGCUGCAAAUUCACGUGAUCUUCUGUAAAUAUUAGUUUAUUGUAAUCUAAAGGAUUUGCCUUACCGUUCAAAAUUUUGGAAUAUGAAAUGGUUCUUAUCGAUCAAGAUUUUCCUGAAGAGAUUUUCAUCAAGAGUUGAGGGCUUCAAGUUUGUUUUCCUUCCAUUUUUCCAUUGCAGUUGUUGCAAAUUACGUGAUAUUUUGUAAAUUUUAGUUUGUUAUAAUUUUGAAAGAUUUGCCAUUCCGUUCAAAAAUUUUAAUAUGAAAUGGUUUUUAUCGAUCAAGAUGUUCCUGUGAGAAACUUUCAGUAAAAUGUUUUAUAUUAAGGAGAGGGGAAAUUUUUUAUAACGGGUAAAUGUACAUUAUAUUUAUGAUUAUUAUUUAUUAAUUUGUAUUAAUUUUAAAUUAUGUUAAGAUUAGGUGUUUUCACGUAUCAUCUUAUCACUUGUUUGAUUCAUUGUUUGAAGCGUAGUUUUAUCAUUAAAGUUCUCUGGUUUUUGGCAAAAAACUUACAAUAAAUUCCCUCAAAUCUUA